GGAGCCGUGCUCAAAACGUUUGUCAUAGCAACUUGCCUAUCGCACGCUGGAGACUUCACAUACGGCUGUCGCGAAGACCAAUGUGGUUGUGCAGAGCAGGCUGUGGAUCAUCUUGCUGGUCCUGUGUCAUGAGCGGUUUCAUGCGGCUGGCCACAAUAACAUUACCAUUUGGACUCCUGUUUACAAGAGCCAUGGCUUGGACCUCAAGUGGAAAAACACACAGCGAUCUUGUUAACAAUCUUAGAAAGAAUGGAGUGAUCCGGUCUCAGCGCGUGUUUGAUGCUCUGACAGAGACAGACCGAGCACUUUAUAUCCAAAACUCCCCAUAUAUGGAUUCCCCACAAAGUAUAGGAUACAGGGCUACAAUUAGUGCACCCCAUAUGCAUGCACAUGCCCUGGAAGUAUUAGAAGAUAAAUUGGUUGAGGGGGCAAAAGUAUUGGACGUUGGCUCUGGGAGUGGAUAUCUCACUGCCUGCUUUGCAAGAAUGGUAGGCCCCACAGGAAAAGUUGUUGGCAUUGACCAUAUUGAUCAACUUGUCCGUGAGUCAAUUGAAAAUGUCCAAAAGGAUGAUUCAACAUUACUGAGCUCUGGUCGUAUAAAAUUUGUAGUGGGUGAUGGUAGAUCUGGCUAUCCUGAAGAAGGCCCAUAUGAUGCCAUUCAUGUAGGCGCAGCAGCUGCUAAGAUUCCCCAGGCACUGCUGAAUGCGUUGAAGCCAGGAGGAAGACUGGUCUUACCCGUGGGUCCAGAAGGUGGAAGUCAGCAUUUGGAGCAGUAUGACAAGGAUAGUGAUGGAAACAUCACAAAAGUUCGCUUAAUGGGUGUGAUGUAUGUCCCUCUAACAGACAAAAAGAGACAAUGGCCACUGAAUGAGCUUUGAAAAUUUUCUUGGUGACCUUCAGGAUAACAAGUUGAUGAAAAGAGUAGUUUUCACAUGUGGUUUCAAGAUGGCACAAAGCUAUAUCCCAGGAGGCAACACUAAAGCCCUUGCUAAGAAACACAGCAGAGUCAAAGAAUGUGAAGGGCUGCACAAUUUCCACAUCUAUAAAUCUGUCUAUUCAGGGGAUACAACCCAAGGCACUGAUAAAUGUAAGAAUUAAAUAAAUCAGCAAUUUAAAAAUAGAAAUAACCCAAACCAAAGAUGGUCACCUUGACUAAGCUGUGUAUGUUUUAUAUAAAUUCAUAGUAUGAGUAGAUGACAUGCAGAGUAUAAACCAUUC